GACAGUCUACCCUUGGAAAUUGUUAAACCUUUUAAUUACUUAGGUAUUGAACUUAGUAUGAAUGGUAAAUUUAACACUGCUCAGAAAGCAAUAGCAGUUAAAGGAUCUAAAUCAUUAUUGCAAUUGUAUAAUGUCUUUGAUGGUGUUUAUGUAGAUAUUAGUCAGAAAUGUAAAUUAUUUGAUUCGUAUGUAGGGUCUGUUCUCUCUUACGGUGCA